CGCAACGUCUAAAAAGCCGACGAGUUGAAGCGCAACCAAUAAUUCGUUCAAUACAUCUUUUUUUUGUGUAUUUAUAUUUUGGCUGUACGCAAAAGUUGGCUUAGUUUUUGCUUAAGUGCUUCAAAUAUUUAAACAACAUUAUGAGCUUCACACGACAAUUGUCCGAAAUGAGCGCCAGCGAGCUGAACGAUGCCAUCGAUGACACAAAUUUUCCGCAGGCCCACAUCCUUUCGCGCGGUCGUAACAAUAGUGUUUGCUCAACAAGUAGCACCUCUGGUACUUCCUCGCUGAUUGACCGUGCGCUAUCCCAUUCCGAAGAGACUAAUAAUGCAGCCCCAUCACCCGAGGAGAAGGGCGCAAUUUCAGAGAACGCCACAGCAUCCCCGACUACGCCUGCAUCUACAAAUCGGCCACGUUUAAUACUCAAAACGAAUGGCACUAUUCCGGAAACUGAUGGUACACAACCGAAAACACCAAUGACACCGCGCACAUCGACAACGCCAGGUAGUUCGGUGCCGGAUUGUAGCCAUGAGAACUGCACUUUCCAUCAUGAUCUGGAGCUGGAUCACAAGCCUCCGACGCGUGAGGCACUUCUACCGGACAUGGCGCGCUCGUAUCGGCUGCUGCUUGGCGGACUAGGUGAGAAUCCCGAUCGCCAGGGUCUGAUCAAAACACCGGAACGUGCGGCUAAGGCAAUGCUCUACUUUACCAAAGGCUACGACCAAUGUUUGGAGGAUGUUUUAAAUGGCGCCGUUUUUGACGAGGAUCACGACGAAAUGGUGGUAGUAAAGGAUAUAGAAAUGUUUUCAAUGUGUGAACAUCAUCUAGUCCCAUUCUACGGCAAAGUAUCGAUCGGGUAUUUACCUUGUAACAAAAUUCUGGGACUAAGCAAAUUGGCACGUAUUGUGGAGAUCUUUUCGCGUCGUUUACAAGUGCAGGAGCGUUUGACAAAACAGAUCGCUGUUGCCGUAACACAGGCGGUGCAACCAGCUGGUGUUGCGGUUGUUGUUGAAGGCGUACAUAUGUGCAUGGUCAUGCGGGGCGUGCAGAAAAUCAAUAGCAAAACCGUGACCUCUACUAUGUUGGGCGUGUUCCGGGAUGAUCCAAAGACACGCGAAGAAUUCCUAAAUUUAGUUAAUAGCAAAUAAACGUAAUGAUUAAACCUGAAUUAGACAACAACAAUACGAAAGAUACAGAAUAUUCUUGAAUAUAAAAAUAAUAAUAUAUUUAAUAAUGUAAUAUUUUUGGAGGCGCAUACAUACAUAUAGUAUGUAUUUCAUCUUAACGAAUACAAUAACGCAACGAACACAGGGUCCAAUAGUUCAUGUUUAUAGUUUUGUUCUCGUUUAUUGUUAGUGCAAUGUUUACAGGCAUUUCAGUUGUCAACUGGUAAAGAUUGUGUAAGAUUUAUUUUAAAUUUUUAAAUAGCGAAAUAUAUGAAAUAAAAUAUUGAAUACAUAAUACAUUUGUAUUUCAAGCUUAAAAACACUGCAUAUUUUGGUGUUGGGUAUAUACGUACGUUAAU